UCAUUAAAUCACACGCAGCGACCACCGCUUCUUCUUCCUCCUCUUCCUCCGCGCGAAAUCGAAGCUCGGAAACCCUAGAAAAAUGGCGAGCUCGUUGAAAUCGGCGGCGCUCUUGGAGCAGAUGAAGCUCCACUUCGCCACCGAGGAGGGCAAAAAACUCACCAAGAAGAUCGGCCUCGUAUACCAACUCAACAUCGCCCCCAAGAAGCUUGGGGUCGACGAGGAGAUCUACGUUGUGGAUCUCAAAGAAGGCAAAGUCACCAAAGGGCCCUACGAUGGGAAACCCGAUGCGACGUUCUCGUUCACCGAUAGCGAUUUCCUCGCGAUGGCCUCCGGAAAGUUGAAUCCCCAAAUGGCGUUCCUUAGAGGUGCCAUUAAGAUCAAGGGAAGUAUAAGCGCGGCGCAGAAGUUCACGCCGGAUAUUUUCCCCAAGCCUUCCAAGCUGUAGAUGGGAAGCUCCUAUACCCUUAAGAUUGUAAUUUCUCAAUAAAUUAUUCCAUAAAACUUUGCUAUGAAUGAAGGAAAAUAAUAGUUUAAUGCAAUUAGUUCUAUGAUAUGAAGUAUUUUUCUUCUUCUUAUUAUUUUUUCUCUGAAUAUAUUCAAGUAAUCAUGGAUGUUUAGGAAGUUAAAAGUGCAUAUCUGUAUUUCUAUAUGAUUUGCUUCAAUAAUUGUUAAGGGAUGUCGAGGUAUCUGCUCUGGUGCUGGUCUUGUGGUCGUUUGAUCCCUUUUGUUUUCAAUUUGAAUCUUGUGCAUGAGUGAGGUGUUGCAGUAAGAAUGGCUUUUUGGUUUCUGGUGAA